CUGUCUGGCAACCACUGGCAACCCUGCCACGUGAUCACGUCACAUCGUUACGUGUCCACGAAGUGAUCCACGAUUCGUUGUUUUAUUUUUUUUUACAUGGGAUUUUUUUUAACUGCUCGGCUCAUUCACACAUGUCCGGUGACUUACAUGCCUUGUAGUUUACGCCAUGAGUAGUCUUUUUUGACACAUUUUACUUCAUAUACAUUAUUUCAUCAGUUAAUUAUAAAGUUAUAAAGUUUGUAUUACAAUUUAUCAACAAUGGGGAUCAAAUUUCUUGAAAUUAUCAAGCCAUUUUGUAGCAUUCUACCAGAAAUAGCAAAACCCCAAAGAAAGAUUCAAUUCAGGGAAAAAGUAUUAUGGACUGCAAUUACACUUUUCAUUUUCCUCGUUUGUUGUCAGAUUCCAUUGUUUGGUAUCAUGUCAUCAGACAGUGCAGACCCUUUUUACUGGAUCCGCGUAAUUCUCGCAUCAAACAGAGGUACAUUGAUGGAGCUCGGUAUUUCACCAAUAGUCACAUCAGGCUUAAUAAUGCAAUUGUUGGCUGGCGCUAAAAUCAUUGAAGUUGGCGACACACCAAAAGACCGAGCACUUUUUAAUGGAGCUCAAAAGUUAUUUGGAAUGAUAAUAACUGUUGGCCAAGCAAUUGUAUAUGUGAUGACUGGCAUGUAUGGUGAUCCAGCUGAAAUUGGAGCUGGAGUCUGUCUUCUUAUUAUUAUUCAACUAUUCGUCGCAGGUCUUAUUGUUCUGUUACUUGAUGAACUUUUGCAAAAAGGCUACGGUCUUGGCAGUGGUAUUUCUCUCUUUAUUGCCACAAACAUCUGCGAGACAAUUGUUUGGAAGACAUUCUCACCAGCAACAGUUAAUACGGGACGUGGUACUGAAUUUGAAGGAUCAGUGAUUGCUCUAUUUCAUCUUCUUGGAACAAGACAAGACAAAGUUAGAGCACUCAGAGAAGCCUUCUACCGUCAAAAUUUGCCCAAUCUUAUGAACCUCUUGGCUACCAUUCUCGUUUUUGCUGUGGUUAUUUACUUCCAGGGCUUCCGUGUUGAUCUACCAAUAAAAUCAACACGAUAUCGUGGCCAGUACAGCAGCUAUCCAAUUAAAUUAUUUUACACCAGCAAUAUCCCCAUUAUUCUUCAAUCAGCUCUCGUUUCCAAUUUAUACGUUAUUUCCCAGAUGUUGGCUAUCAAAUUUCAGGGCAACAUAAUAAUUAAUCUUCUUGGCGUUUGGUCAGAUGUUGGAGGUGGUGGUCCAGCAAGAUCUUAUCCUGUUGGUGGUUUAUGUUAUUACCUCUCACCACCCGAGUCUCUUGGACAUAUUGCUCAAGAUCCAAUUCAUGCCAUUCUUUAUAUUGUCUUCAUGUUAGGCUCAUGUGCUUUCUUUUCAAAAACUUGGAUUGAUGUUUCUGGUAGUUCUGCCAAAGAUGUUGCUAAACAAUUGAAAGAACAACAAAUGGUAAUGAGAGGUCAUCGUGACAAUUCCAUGAUUCAUGAACUUAACCGUUACAUUCCAACUGCAGCUGCUUUUGGUGGUCUUUGUAUUGGAGCACUCUCAGUACUCGCUGAUUUCAUGGGUGCAAUUGGCUCAGGGACCGGAAUUCUUCUUGCGGUUACCAUUAUAUAUCAAUACUUUGAGAUAUUUGUUAAAGAACAAAACGAAAUGGGUGGCAUGAGCACCUUACUAUUUUAGGCAACAGUUUGUUUUUUUAUUUUCAAUUUGUUAUGUUGACUAUUUAUUACGCUUGAUAUAAUAUAUCAUAUAUUUUUUUUUCCUUUUUCUUAUUACAUCAAAAAACUGGUUUACCCGAUAAUUUCGGGUGUUAAAUAAAAUUAAAAAAAAGUUUCCAUUGUAAAUAGAAAUUUAGGACAUAAAAACUGAAUUUAAUUUUUAAU